AAAAAAUAAAGUAAAGUGUUACCGGAAAACACAUACAUAAAAAUAAAACAAAUAAAAGUUUUAUCGUUUUGUGUGGAAAAUAAAAUAAAAUACAAAAAAAAAGUGAGAGGAAAGAAAAUUAAAAAUAAACAAAAAAUUUUAUUAAAUUUUCCGACAUAUUUAUGGCUUUCAUGUCGGAUAUUCGCCACAAAACAACAACAACAACAAGUGAAAUGAUUAUUACUUACAAGGAAACGCGCUUCAAUCAAUGAAUGUACAUAAAAAAAGUGAAUUAAAUUGAAAAACUUUUUUUUUGUGCGAAGGAAAAAUUUAAACAACGCAAAUAUUAAAAAAAAGUGAACGAAAUAAGAUUAAAGUAAACAGAAAUGGAUUAAAAGAGAAAGCUCGUUACACACAUGUAGCGAAGAAAUGUGAAAAUAAACAAGGAAAAGAAGCAAAAAAGUAAUAAAAACAUGAAAAUUUCAAAAUCAUUCAGUGAUCGUCGUGUUAACAACGCCAUGAAAAAUUGGCUCGUGUUACUGCUCGUUACCACAUCAGUAUUUCAUCUUGUACAAGCCGAGGGUGAAACAGAUGCCGCAUCAACAACUAUCGAACCACCUGGUCAAACGGGCUGUUCGCCUCCCGAAAUAAAAAUUGUUCGUCCGAAAAAACCGAUCGCCAGCACAACAACGCCAUCGACAACAACGACAUCCAGCACAACGACGCAACCAUAUGUCGCCUUCCAAACAACCCAAAUUUAUUUGCCGGCAAAUUUCAACACAUCCGACAUCCAAAUUGUCGAGAAAAAAGAUGCAAAUACCGAGGUAAUUUCGCAGCUGAGCGAAACAAAUUUGAAUUUGGGCGGCAGUGCGAGUGCCAUGAUCGGCAGUGCAGGCAUCGGAUUGCCCGACAUGAUGCGUUACGGCGAAACGAACCCCUUUUGGUGGACCGAAGGCAUCCAAAAUACCGCAACGCACACCACAAUGUCGCCCGAGGAGCUCGAAGCGAAGCGCGAACGUCGUCGUCGACGCAAAGAAAACAAAAGGCGUCGUCGCAGGAAGCAUAAACAGGACCAAGAAGGGGCCGAUGUCGAAAGUGAAGCAGCUUUUUAUGGAAAACAUCAUCAUUUGGGGGCAGAACAUCAUCGACAACGCCGCGAAGUAUGGAACGAGAAUUAUUACCAAGCUGACAAUUACGCGGAUGAGACAGUUGUCGACCCCAAAGAUGUCGAACCGAAUAUUUUUAACGCGAAUGACACCGCGAUGCACCCAAAUUUGAACAACGACGACGACGAAAAAGUCGAUAACAUAAAUUUCUUCGACCAAGUUUUCAAUUCGGUGAAUAAAAAACAAAAUUCCGGCUCUCGUCGCAAUCACAAGAAACGCGCAACGACCGUAACUGUCGAAAAAUUGACGCAAAAUAACGCGGGACGCGUCGAAAUUGACGAAGGUUCAUUGGAAGAAUUUGACGGAGAAGCGGAAACGUCGCCGAACGAAUCUCCGCGCGAAAAGAGGAAACGUCAAGAUGAUCAUUUUAUGCGACACAAGCGAAAAUCGGGCAAAACGACGGGCGCCUUGAGUCGCGCAAAAGCCGGAAGUAGUGACAGCAAGAGCAAAAGUAUCGACAGACACAACAAAGGCGCUGGAGCUGAAGAAGGCGAUUUUUGGGUGCCUCCGUUGCCAGAAUCCGAAGAAGAUUCCGACGAAGAGGAAGAAAGCACGGAAGAACCGGAAUUGGCGCAAUUUAGGGAAGUUACUGAAGUGAGAUUUCCCGCAGAAGUUGGGCCAUUGGGAGGACAGAGAGUUUGCAAGAUUAAAUGCGUUGAAGGAGAGUGGGUUGGACCGUUGUGUGCGCUGAAUGAACAAGACAAAGACGCUAAUGGCAACAUGAAAUUCGAGCCACUCUACAAACGAUGCGUCGUCGAUAAAAUUCCCGCUCAUUUGCAACUCAGCUAUAAAAAUGUUUCCGUGACAACUGGCUGGGAUUUGCCACAUGGAGGUAAAAUUGAGGCACGUUGCAAGGAUCUGGGCUUGUACAAGUUGAUUGGCGAAUCCAAAGUGCUCUGCUCAAAUGGAUUAUGGGCACCUAAAAUGCCCACUUGCGUACCGACAACACUUUUAACUAAUUACUCCGAUGACAGUCCCCCAUCCAUCCGCAUCAAAGUAGGCGUCGGUUCGGCAUCCUAUGAGCCAUCUGGUGUCUUGGCAGUGUUGCCGGGCAGCACCAUUCAUCUCGAUUGCAUGUAUCCGCGACGUCGUGGAUCUCCCGAAUGGACAUGGACAGGCUGGUUUCGACAAUAUUUAACGGGAUGGUCUGCCGUACCUGACGAGAAAGGCUCCCGCUAUCGCUUGACAGUGAAAGACAUACAAAAUGCUGAUUCCGGCACUUACACUUGUGCAUCGCCGCGUGGAUUGACAAACAGCAUAAUCAUCAUUGUGGCAGUAUCAAAUUGCACUCCGCUUCCUCCGCCGACACUUCCAUUGACCGUAAAACUCGAAGGAUUGAAACUUGGGCAACGCGCUGCUUACCAUUGCCCCACGGGUUACAUGCUUCAAGGCUCGGAAAAUGCAACUUGUUUGGCUUCGGGCAAUUGGAGUUCGCCUGUUCCGACGUGCAUUCCCAUUCAAUGUCCUCCGCUCUUCUUGGAUGAUCCGCAUUUGAGUUUAGUUGAGUUAAAUACUUCCGCUUGGGGUCGUGCUGUGUUCCGAUGUUCAUGGGGAUACAAAUUGACGGGCAUGCCAACGAUUGAAUGCGAGCCAAGUGGUCGAUGGAGCGGCGCAAUUCCACGUUGUCGAGCAAUUCAAUGUACUCAACCUGUUGUUCCGUUGAAUGGAAGAAUUGAUGGGCACUCAGGACAUGCAAAUUCUGUUCAGCGAAAACAUUCUGUGGGAUCUCUCGUGACUUUUAGUUGCACCGAAGGACAUUUACUCGUCGGAGAAGCAAGUAUCGUGUGUACUGAAACUGGAUUUUGGUCACAUCCGCCGCCAUUUUGCAAUGCUCAAUGUCCUUACCCGGGCGAUCCGCCAAAUGGUUUGAUAGCGCCGCUCAAAUUCCAUUACGAUCCGGGAGACUUCUUGACAGUUCAGUGUCGCACGGGUUUCGUCGAACAAGGCGUCAAUGGCAUGCCGCCCGAGAGACCAAAAUGUCUCGCUGAUGGCACGUGGUCCGGCAACACGCCUCAUUGUGUGUCAUAUACCGAAGUUGGAGAUCGUUAAAGUAGCUCGUAAGUGAUUUGAAUGAAUUUUAAGUCUUUUUCGAACAAAAACAAUCGUUUUCUUCUGUAAAAUAUUUCAAUCAAUUUUAAAAAUAUUUAAUAAUAAUAAUUAAUUCGUAGUUGACAGUAUUUCAAAGAAAAAAAAAUUAUACAAAAAAUAUUUACAAAAAAAUACAAAUUUUAUUUUUUUAAUGAAAAAAUAUCACAGAAGUGAACAAUUUAUUGUGUGAUCAAUGUAAAACCAAUCUCCCGGUGUAAAAUUUUUAAUAUUAAAAAAAAGUGUAUUUAUUUACAUUCACUUCAAAUUAAAAUUAAAAAUGAUAAAAAGAGUCAUUUUACGCAUAUCAAUGAUGAUGAUCAAUAUGGUCAAAUUGU